AUGUCAGACCCCAAAAACACCUCCUCAAUCGCCAUCCUCGGCGCCGGCGAUGUAGGCGCUACGAUUGCGUACAGCCUCAUCAUGAACCCCGUCGCCGGUGACAUCCUGCUCGUCGAUCCCAAAGAAGAAGUCAGAGACGCUCAAGUGGCGGACUUGUCAGAUGCCACCUUCCACGGUAACACAAGCACCCGGAUAAGAGCCGGUACGCACAAAGAGGCGGGACAGUGCGAUAUCGUCGUGAUUGCUGCCGGUGCAAAGCAGAAGAAAGGCGAGAGCAGGACUGAUCUAAUCGGCCGCAACAAAUCAAUUCUCGAAUCCGCAAUAUCAGAUAUGAAGCCGUUCCGCGAGGAUACCGUACUUCUGCUAGUCGCAAACCCCGUUGACGUACUCACCUACUUCGCCCAACAAUACUCCGGUCUUCCGAAAUCCCAAGUCAUUGGUUCAGGCACUUUCCUCGACUCCGCCCGCCUUCGUGGUAUCCUCGCGUCCAAAGCCGAAGUCGCAGCCUCCAGCAUCGAAGCGUACGUCCUGGGUGAACACGGCGAAUCUCAAUUCGUUGCCUGGAGUCUGGCUUCUAUCGGCGGUGUCCCGUUGUCUUCUGCGUUAUCUUCCAAGCAAUCAGGUCUGCUGGAUAAGGACGCCAUUGCGGAAGAAACGAAGAACAAAGCUACAAGCAUUAUUGAGAACAAGGGCGCGACGAACUACGGUAUCGGCGGCGUCGCGGCGUCGAUAUGUAAAUCCAUCAUCUUCGAUGAGAAGAUUGUGCGGCCGGUCAGUACGUACCAGGAGGAUUUGGGGGUUUGUUUGAGUAUGCCGGUUGUGCUGGGCAGGAAGGGCGUGGUGAGGGGGGUGCAGAUGCCAUUGGAUAAGGAGGAGAGGGGGAAGUUGGAGGGUAGUGCGAAGGCAUUGAGGGAGGUUAUUGAGGCGUAA